AUGAGCGAACAAGAGGAAAGUAAUACUAUCUUAGAGAGAAAAAAUUAAGCUUUUUAUAAGGAUGAAGAAUAAAAUGAUUUAAUACAAGGCAAUCUUAAAUAGUAACCUGUAGAUAAAAAUACUGAAGUUUAGAUGAAAGGCAACAAUUUAAUGAAUAAAAUACUCAUUUUAAUUUCAGUGAUAGUCCUUUUUUGUUUGAUUAACUAUUUAUUUAUUCAUAAUAAAUUCUACUUCAAAGAUACAAAAAAAUUGUAAUAAGCUUUUCAAUGCUCAAAAAAAACGUAUUUUUAUCUUAGCAUGUGUCUGUCUAAGUGUCCUCAUAAUUUUAUAGCAGAUCCAAAAAAUAAUAUUUGUUUACCAUCUAAAAUGGAUCAAAAAUAAAUCAAUAUAACCAGAUUAGAUUAAUAAACGAAUUUCACUCAAGUUGAGAUAUUUUCUAAAGAUUUCACUCAAAAUAUUCUUGAAGAUACAUUUAAUGAUAAGCUAACUGGAAUUAUAUUCUUUAAUGAUUUUAUAAAUGAUGAUUUCACUUUCCUUUUUCAAAAAAUAAAAGUUAGUAAAUUAUAAAACUUUUUAUCUCAAAUAAAUGGAGCAAUAAUAACUUUUUCAGGAGCAAAUUCACUAUAUCUUUAAAAUGAAGAGUAGAUAAAUUAACAAAUUAAAUAAUUAUAAGAUAAGUUUCCUUAAAUUAGCUCUUGGUAUAUUGUAGGAUUUGGUUUUUCAGGUUCAUUUAAUGGUUUAAAGUAUUUUAUGUAUAAUUUAGAUAUGUUUAAAGGUAUAUUUAUUUAAGAUCCAAUCGAAGAUUUAGGUGAAAUUAAAGAACUCCUAGAAAAUAUAAAAAAGUAGUAGAAAUAAACAGGAACUUAACAAAUAUAAAGUAUUUCAGCUGAUAUAGAGAGCCAUUUUAUAGACUUGUAGCAAAAAUAAGUAUUUAUUUUUAAAAAUACUUUUUAUAAAGAUAUUUAGACACCUGUUUUAGAUAGAUUAGCAAGAAAAAAUCUUACUUAACUUUCAUAUUUUAAAAAUAUUUAAAAUGAUAAUGACUCUGCUAUAAAAUAUUUUACAGACGAAGUGUUUUCAAUUAUAGAAUAGUAAAUAAACACCUAAAAAAAAGAAAUAUAUAAUGGCAUAAAUUGA